AUGGACGACGAGAAGGAACAUGUCGCGGGCAUCGUGGAGAAAAUUGAGCGUGAGCAGGAUGAUCCAAAGGUCGACUUCGACGCGGCGGCUGCUGCGUCGACGGCGCGCGAGGACCGUCUCGUCCGCAGGAUUGACUUCCGCGUGCUGCCAACACUCGGCAUCAUAUUCGCCGUCUCCAUCAUCGACCGCAUCAACAUCGGAUCGGCCAAAGUGCUAGGCAUGUCCGAGGACCUCGCGUUGACGGGGAACAGGUACAACGUCUGCCUACUCCUCUUCUUCCCAGCCUACUUCCUCGCCGAGCUGCCUUCCAACUACCUCUUGGUCAAGUUCAGCCCAGCCAUCUGGUUGACCUUCCUCAUGUUCUCGUGGGGAGCCGUGAUUACUGGCAUGGGGUUUAUUGCCCACGAGUGGCGGGCUCUGGCCUUUCUCCGCUUCCUGCUGGGGGCCUUUGAAGGGGGAGUGUUACCGGCAGCGGUAUACAUCAUCAGCUCAUGGUACUGCCGGUAUGAAAUCCACCGGAGGAUUGGUUGGACCUACUCCGUGGGCGUGCUAAGCUCAGCCUUUUCGGGACUGCUGGCGUAUGGUCUCGGUCUCAUGGGGGGGAUCCGAAACAUGAAGGGGUGGAGGUGGAUCUACGCAGUCGAAGGCGGAGCAACCAUGGCCAUUGCCGUCGUCUGUUUCUUCUUCCUGCCCCCGUUCCCGGAAAAAGCACGCUUUCUCAAAGCAGACGAUAAAGAGUUGUACUUGGCCCGGCUCGAUCGUGAUCGUGGAAAUCAUGCGACGGAGCCAAUUACUCGCAAGGUCCUCAAGGAAACUUUCUGUGACUGGACGACCUGGGUGACUUGGCUUCUGUUCUCCUUCACCAAUUCGUCCACCUAUGCACUGGCCUUCUUCGUGCCGUCAAUUCUCAACGGUAUGGGAUACACGGGAUUGAAAGCCAGUCUCUAUUCCGCAUGGCCCUAUUUUCCCGCCAUUGGAGUUCUGUGGCUCGGGUCCUACAUCAGUGACAAGAUCCGAAUGCGGAUUCCUAUCAUCAUCGUCCAGAGCGUGAUCAUGAUCGUUGGAUUUAUCCUCCUCCGAGCCCAAUACAGCAACGAAGUACGCUAUCUAGGCGUCUUCUUGGCAACCAUUGGUUGCCAAUGUAACGUCCCGGCACAGCUCUCCCUCGCGCAGACAAACGCGGUGGGCUCUGCUCGACGAUCCAUCAUGGCAGUCGUGACGAUAUGGGGAGGUGCUUGUGGAGGCAUCAUCGGGAGUCUUAUUUUCCGGACCCAGGAUGCUCCUCAAUAUGCCCCUGGACUGUACACCUCGAUCGCCAUGACUGCCUGCGUCAUCGUAGGGAUGACAGGUCUGGGCUCCUACUAUCAUAUCAGCAACAAGAGAGCGGAUGAGGGCAUCCUCAUCCAUGGGACUGAGGGUUAUCGAUAUUCGCUGUGAUGAUGCGAGAGUCUCGA